AUGGGGGUUGGAAAAUCAUGUUUAUUACAUCAAUUUACAGAAAAAAAAUUUAUGGCAGAUUGUCCACAUACAAUUGGUGUUGAAUUUGGGACUCGAAUAAUUGAAGUUGCUGGUCAAAAAAUUAAACUACAAAUCUGGGAUACUGCUGGUCAAGAAAGAUUUAGAGCUGUUACGCGGUCAUACUAUAGAGGUGCUGCUGGUGCUCUCAUGGUAUAUGAUAUCACUAGAAGAUCUACUUACAAUCAUCUAAGUAGUUGGCUUACAGAUACACGUAACUUGACAAAUCCAAGCACUGUAAUAUUCCUAAUUGGCAAUAAGUCAGACUUAGAUGGUCAGAGAGAUGUUACAUAUGAAGAAGCUAAACAGUUUGCUGAUGAAAAUGGUCUUAUGUUUGUAGAAGCCAGUGCUAAAACAGGUCAAAAUGUAGAAGAAGCGUUUCUGGAGACGGCAAAGAAAAUAUACCAAAGUAUCCAAGACGGGCGGCUGGACCUGAACGCGGCGGAGUCCGGCGUGCAGCACAAGCCGGCGUCGCCCGGCCGCCCGCUGGCCGCACCGCCCGCCGCGCGCGACAACUGCGCCUGCUAA